AUGGUGGACUAUUAUGCGUCUCAACCGGCGCAGUUCUACCAACCAGGGUAUGACUACACACAACAAGAGGAAGAAUGGGAUCGAGAAGGACUUCUCGAUCCGAUGUGGGAGAAACAACAGAAAAAGACAUUCACCGCUUGGUGCAACUCACAUCUUCGCAAAGCGGGAACAUCGAUUGAAGUGAUCGAAGAGGAUUUUCGCAAUGGCUUAAAAUUGAUGCUCUUGCUCGAGGUGAUUUCUGGUGAGCCGCUUCCACGACCAGAUCGGGGAAAGAUGCGUUUUCACAAAAUUGCUAACGUUAAUAAGGCAAUCGAGUACAUUGAGCGAAAAGGCGUGAAGCUCGUCUCGAUUGGAGCUGAAGAAAUUGUUGAUGGAAAUGUGAAAAUGACGUUGGGCUUGAUUUGGACGAUCAUUCUCCGUUUUGCUAUUCAGGACAUCAAUGUCGAGGAGAUGUCGGCUCGAGACGGCCUCCUUUUAUGGUGUCAGCGCAAAACCGCGCCGUACAACAAUGUGAAUGUGCAGAAUUUCCAUAAUAGCUGGAAAGACGGUCUAGCUUUCUGUGCUCUCAUUCAUCGUCAUCGACCUGAUCUCCUUGAUUACAGCCAAUUGCACAAGGGAGAUCCAAUCCACAACCUUAACCUGGCCUUCGACAUUGCUGAGAAGCACCUCGAUAUCCCAAGAAUGUUAGAUGCUGAAGAUCUGGCCUUUGUUGCGCGCCCAGAUGAGAAGUCGAUUAUGACGUACGUGAGCGCUUUUUAUCACGCUUUUCGUGGUCACCCUGAGAAGGGACAAAUCGAGAAUCGGGCAAAAACCCCGCAACCAGCUCGUCUCAUUCAACCACCACCACCGCCAGAAAGAGAUUGGAGGAAAGAAGUGAGAUUUGAAAGCAUGAAGAGAUAUAUGGUAAACUCACAUCCCGACGAGAAAGCUGUGAUGACUUACGUUUCUUGUUAUUAUCACUAUUUCUCUGGAAUGCGACAGGCCGAGGCGGCGGCCAAUCGAAUCUCCCGCGUUUUGGAUUUCAAUCGAGAAAACGAGAAAAUGAUGCAAGAAUAUGAGACAAUGGCUAGUGAUCUACUUGCGUGGAUCAAUCGCUGGCUUCCAUGGCUUUCAAAUCGCUCAACCGAUGAUACGCUGCCGGUUGCAAAGCAAAGACUCGAGGACUAUCGAAACUAUCGUCGUCACGAGAAACCACCACGAGUCGAGCAAAAAGCCAAAUUAGAAACUCUUUUCAACACUCUUCAAACUCGUCUCCGUCUCACUGGACGACCACCAUUUAUGCCAAAAGAAGGACAUCUUGUCAAGGACAUCAACGCAGCAUGGGGUCGACUUGAAGACUCGGAGAAGGGCUUUGAGGAAUGGCUUCUUUCAGAAAUCAUGAGACUUGAGCGUUUGGAGCAUUUGGCGGAGAAAUUCCGUCGCAAAUGCGCUCUUCACGAGGAAUGGUCGCAUGGAAAAGAGGAAGCGUUGAGGAGUCAUGAUUGGAAAUCUUCUGGACUUUAUCAAAUCAAGGCUCUUCGCAAACGCCACGAGGCUUUCGAAUCAGAUCUCGGCGCUCAUCAGGAUCGCGUUGAGCAAAUCGCGGCCAUCGCCCGAGAAUUGGCCAACCUUCGCUAUCCGGGAAUCGCCGAAGUGAACGCGAGAUGUCAACAAAUCUGCUCUCAAUGGGAUCGUUUGGGUCAAUUGUCCGGUCAACGUCGUCAAACUUUGGAAGAAGCCGAGCGAGUCGCUGAGAGACUCGACGCACUCUAUUUGGAUUUUGCCAAGAGAGCUGCGCCUUUUAAUAAUUGGAUGGAUGGUGCUCGGGAGGAUCUCGCUGAUAUGGUUAUCGUUCAUGAGAUGAGAGAAAUUGAAGAGCUCGUCGCCGCGCAUGAUCAAUUCAAGGCAACUCUGGGUGACGCCGAUCGAGAGUUCUCGAGUAUCGCAACGAUUGAACAGGAAAUCGAGCACUUAGUGACAUCGAAUGGACUGGAUCGUUCGCUUUUAAGAAAUCCGUACACUGAUCUGCACGCGUCCGAGAUUCGUCGCAAAUGGGCCGAGGUUCAACAAGCCGUCCCUCGACGCGAUGGACAACUCCAAGCGGAACUCCGUCGACAACAGAACAACGAACGCCUCCGUGAGCUUUUCGCUCAAAAAGCGAACAACGUUGGCCCGUGGUUGGAGCGACAAAUUGAACAGGUAUUGGCGAUUGGAAUGGGCGGUCGAGGCUCUUUGGAGAACGCUAUCUCUCAACUCAAUCAACUUCAUCAACAGUCUCUCGGCUAUAAACCAAAUCUCGACGAGUUGGAGCGAAUCCAUCAAGAAAUGCAAGAGAAUUUCGUCUUCGAGAACCGAAAGAGCAGAUAUUCAAUGGAAUCGCUUCGAGUCGGCUGGGAAUCACUCAUCACAUCGAUCAACAAAACCGUCAACGAGUGCGAGAAUCAGAUUUUGACUCGUGAUAGCAAGGGAAUCACUGAAGAGCAACUAAACGAAUACAAACAAUCAUUCAAUCAUUUCGAUAAGGAUCGUGCUGGUCUUGAUCAAGAGCAACUCCGAGCUUUCUUGCUGUCGAUUGGAUAUCCGAUCAGACCGGGAAGAGAGGGUGAUGGUGAGCUUUCGCGAGUGCUCUCGAUUCUCGAUCCAAAUCGAAUGGGACGAGUGCCAUUUGAGGCCAUUCUCGCUUUCCUCACAAAGGAAAAUCAAGAUCAGGAUACUGUGGAUCAGAUGGUCGAAUCCUUCAAGAUCCUUGCAGCCGGAAAGUCAUUCAUCACCGCCGACGAAUUGAGGCGAGAGUUGCCCUCUGAGCAAGCCACUUACUGUAUGCAAAGGAUGGCUCCAUCUAGGGAUCCUCAGGCUCCACCCGGUGCUUUCGAUUAUGUAACCUUCUCUCGGGCACUCUACGGACAA